AUGAAAUUAUCUUCUAUUGUAAUAAAAAAUCGUAACAUUUUAAGAAAAUAUAAGAAUACCAAUAUACAAAAUAUUAAAAAUAGAAAUAUUUAUAUAUAUAAACAAGUACACAAUUAUUCUCAUUUUAUAAAUUAUAAUAAUAUUAUACAUGCUUUACAAAAAAAGAAGGAAAAUAUUUUAACCGAAGCCAGUUCUUUUAACUCGCUUCUUGCCACAUUAAAAGAGUAUAAAUUAGAUCAAAUCAAAAAAGAAAACGCACAAUUGGUUGUUGGAAAAGAUGAAACAAAUAGCUCCCACACAUUACCCAGUAAUAAGUAUAAUACUGUAGUAUAUGAUUGGAUGCAGGCUGUGAAAAUUUAUAUAAGUUGGUUUUCUGAAAUAACAGAUGAUAAAUACAAAUCCAAAUGUUUUUCUCUUCCUACUUAUUUGAUAUUUCAUGUAGUUGUUCCUAAUGAUUUUGAAAUAUUAACAAACAAUUUAAAGACUUUUGAAAAUUAUGAUUUUUAUAAUUUUUUAGACCUUGCCAAUAAUAGUAAAUUAAAUACUUUAGGUAAUUCAAAUUUUACUAAAUCAUACGAAAAAAAUGAUGAGGGAGAAGAUAAUGGUGGGAUCAUUACAUAUUGGACUAGCCAAGAUGCAAAUAGAAAUCAUCCCAUUAUUGAAAAUGUUCUACUUAAUCAGACAAAAGUAUCUGAGGAACUCACAAAAAAUAAUUGCAAUAUAGGUGGGGGUCAAGAGAAAGAGAAAAUAUAUUUUUUCACAUUUAAUAUAAAUGAAUUAGAAAAAAAUGAACAAGUUAAGGAAAUGAUAAAUGAAUGUAUAAAAGGGGAAUUUUCAAGCGAAAGAAAUAGUAUAAAUUAUGAAAAAGAAAAAAAUGUAAAUCCAUUUCUGUUUGUUGUAUAUGACUACAAAACAUUAAUACACAUAUUUAACAAUUUAAAAAUAAACCUAUUAAAUAUUAAAAAUGUAUUUGAUAUUUAUAUCGUAAGCACCUUAUUGCAACUUGUCCAAAGAGGAGAAAAAUUACAGAACGUAUUUUCUUCAUAUACUGAAAAAACACAAAAUGAUUUUUUAUCAUUUUCAAAUAAUGAAUAUAAAAAAUUUGCUCCAUAUUUUAGAUCCUAUUCUAUUGUCCCACCAGAAUUUUCGGAUGUUCUUUCUGGAAAAUUUGGAAUUUAUGGAUGGGGAAAAUAUCAAAAAAAAAAAAAUGUCACAAAAAAAAAGAAAAAUGAAAAAAAUAAGAACCGUCUAGAAAAAGUAGACAACAUUCAAGAUAGCAAUACAAAUAAGGAAAAUAAUUCUAAAUUUACUUUCACCAAUGUAGAAGUAAAACAUAUAAAUAAUAUUAAAAAAAUAGUAUUUGGUAAUAAAAGAAGUAUAUAUGAAAUUACGGAAGAAGAUAUGAUGAGUUAUUGUAUUUCUCGAAAUAUAUUUUUAAUUAUAUUAUUUAAUUAUUUAAUAAAUCUAUUAAAAAAUAAUAUAAAUAUAUUAACACUUUAUAUUAAAAUCGAACAACCAUUAAUUUUUUGUAUAAGUGAAAUUGAAAAAGAAGGAAUAUAUUUAAAUCAAAAAAAAAUACAAGAAAUACAAAACAAUUCAAAUGAUCCAUUAAUGUAUAAAAAACAAAUAGAACAAUUAUGUGGAUAUGAUAUAAAUUUAAAUUCAUCUAAGCAAGUUUCUUCUCUUUUAUCUAAAGCAUUAUUUAAUGGGUGUUUUAAUCAUGAAAUUAAAACUUCACUUGAAAAUUCAAACAAUGAAACAGUUGUUUCAAAAAAUGUUGUGAACCCCUUCAAUAUCAAUGAUAGCGACGAUCACCUAAUGAAUGUCUUAAACUUGAAUUCGAAUUACUUUGAUUAUAUCGCAAAUGAUCAAAUACAAGAACCCCCCCAAAAUGACAACAACGGUAAAAGCGCAAAGCGUGAUAAAAAGAAAAAAAAGGAAAAUUCUAUACCAUGUCAAGAUGUAUCAAGCAUAGCAUUGGAUCAACAAAAUUGCACAACCGAAUACGAUGAAUUAAAUUCUUUAACCUCAUUAGACCUUCAAGAGUCCAACAGUUUUAGCUCGAAUAAUCAUGAUAUAUCAGAAAAAAUAAAUGAACCUGGUAAUUAUAAAAAAAAUGAUGAAAUAAAUAGUAAAAUAAAAAUUAGACAAUAUAGUAAUACAAUAAAUGAAAUGAAAAGAAAUAAAUCAUUACAAACAAAUACAAAAAUGUUAAAAAUAAUAAUAGAUGAGUUAGAAAAAAAUAAUUAUGUUGGAGAAAAAGAAAAAGAUAAAAUAAAACAAAUUAUUAAUAAUAUAAAACUAUAUAGAGAAUCAAAAAAAUUAUUUCAAAAUUAUAUUGAAAACUUACCAAAGCAUAUACAAAAAAAUACUAAUAAAAUUCAUUGCAAUUUUAAUCAAUUAGGAGCAUCAACAGGUAGAUUAUCUUGUGAUCAACCAAAUUUACAAAAUAUUCAUUCAAAGUUUAGAUGUACUAUUUCAUUAAAAAAUGAUGAAACAAAACCGGCAUCUUUUAAAAUAAAAAAUGUAAAGAAUAAUAAAUCUGUAAAUAAAAAUUUACUUACUUUCGAUUAUAAACAAAUGGAAUUAUUUGUUAUGGCAUAUUUAAGCUUUGAUAGUCAACUAUUAAAAAUGUUAAAUAAUAGUGAUGUGUUUGUAGAAACUGCUAAAGUUUUAUUUAAUACUAACGAAGUAACAAAAGAAUUAAGAAGAAUGACUAAAACUGUUAUAUAUGGUAUAUUAUAUGGACAAUCCGAAAAUGGACUAGCCAAAAAUUUAUUAGUUAGUGAAAAUUUUGCAAAAUCUUUAAUUGAUAAUUUUUUUAAUUUUUAUCCAAAUGUAUUUAAAUUUAUGCAAAAACAAAAAAUACUAGUUAAAAAUAUUAAUUCAGUUUACACAUUAAUAGGAAGAAAAAGAUUAGUUGAUCCAAGUAUUAAAAAUAAAUAUAGAAUAAGUAUGAAUACCCCUAUUCAAGGUUGUGCAGCUGAUAUUAUGAAAUUCGCAUUAUUAUCAUGCCAUAAAAUACUUUCAUAUUUUGAUAGUUCUAAUCAAGAUAUUGAUAUUUUCCUCAAAAUGAAUAAUAUAAAUACUUCCUUAUUAAAAAAAUAUAAAAAUUAUAUAAAAUCAACAAAAUUAAUUUUACAAAUUCAUGAUGAAUUAUUAUUUCAAUGUGAUGAAAAUGGAACUAACGAUAUUAUACAAUUAUUAAAUCCAGUUUUAGAAAAUUCUUUUUUAAAUUUAAUAAAAUAUACAAAUACACAAAAUAGGUUAUUAUUAUUAUAUGAUUAUAUGAGUGAUAAUAUAUCUAUACAUACAUACAUUGAAAAUAUGAAAUUAUUAAAUACAGAAAAUUAUCCCCUUUAUAAUCAAACUGAAAAUUUUGAUACUAUUCUUAGAGCCUUUAAUUUAAAGUUACCAAUUAAAGCAGAAGUCGGGACUAACAUUAACGAAUAA